AUGAUAAUGUCUUUAAUACCUGAUUCUAAAUUUCAAUGUGUCAAUACAACGUGUUUACCAUUCAUUAAUGUUAUUAAAUCAAACAUUAGGAGUUGUCAAGUAGCCUGUUUAAGUCAAAGUCAAUGCAGAGCAGCAACUUUUCAUCGAUCAACUUCUAAUUGUGAAUUAUUUGCUGAUAUUUUGAAUCAAAAUGCAAAUAUGUUGGCUGAUGCUGAUGCUACUAGUAUGAACGUUAUUAGUGGCACACGAUUUCCACCAGAACCGACUACGACCUCAACAUCCACAACAACAACAGUAACAACAUCCACCACAACUUCAGCAUCCACAACAACAACUUCAACAUCAACAUCAUCAACAUCCACAACAACAACAUCCACUACAACAUCAAUAACAACAUCCACUACAACAACAACUUCAACAACAACAUCAUCAACAUCAUCAACAACUUCAACAUCAAUAACAUCCACAACAACAACAUCCACUACAACAUCAAUAACAACAUCAUCAACAACAACAACUUCAACAACAACAUCAUCAACAUCAUCAACAUCAUCAACAACUUCAACAUCAACAACAUCCACAACAACAACAUCAACAACAUCAUCAACAACUUCAACAUCAACAACAACAUCAACAACAACUUCAACAUUAACAUCCACAACAACAGCAACAACAACAUCCACUACAACAUCAAUAACAACUUCAACAACUACAUCCACAACAACAUCAUCAAUAUCUACAACAAUUUCAACAACAUCAAAAACAACAUCAACAACAACAUCAACCACAACAUCAACAACAUCAACAACAUCAACAACAGCAGCAAUACAGCGUCAGUACCAUGUCAAAUGA